GAUGACGUAGAUGUUGAACUCGCAUGUGGUCAAUUCCAUGGAAAAAUGGAAAUGUCAUGCGCAUGUAAAGGUAUCAGAACAUGCCCUGUAUGUGAAGCUGCCGGAAAGCAACCUAAAUUGUUUGUGAAGGACACAGAGGUUAGAACAUUUGACUACUGUGACAGAUGUAUGAAAGCAUGGGAAAGGGGUUCUAGUGUCCAUCCCAACCAUAUGGGUCCAGGACUGGCAUUUCCAGGGAUUUUCAUUCAGCCAAAUUUUGUUUCAAAGGCAGAGGAAGCUGCAUUUGUGGACAAGAUUGAUAAAACUGCAUUUGUGGAGUCCCAGUCUGGCAGAAGAAAGCAGGAUUUUGGACCAAAAGUAAAUUUCAAAAAAAGAAAAGUAAGAAGUGCAUGCUUCAGUGGCUUACCAGAUUUUAGCAAACCAAUAUAUGAAAGAAUGAAAAAACUGGAGGUAUUGUCAGACUUCAUUCCAGUUGAACAAUGCCACUUGGAGUACACUCCAGAGAGAGGAUCCUCCAUAGAUCCACACUUUGACGAUUUUUGGCUCUGGGGUGAAAGACUUGUCACAGUCAAUUUACUCUCAGACACAAUUCUGUACUUCAUCUGUGAUGAACACCCUGGCAUUGAAGUACAUGUGCCCAUGGCACGUAGAUCCCUAAUUGUUGUGUAUGGAGAAGCACGGACCAAGUGGAAGCACGCCAUACACAGGUCAGAUAUAUCAGACCGUCGACUGGCUAUCACGCUACGGGAACUGUCCUCAGAGUUUAGUGAUGGUGGAGCAAGGUCGGAGGAAGGACAAGCAUUACUGGACAUUGCCCUGACAUUUAGAGGAUAUGCAGUUCAGUAAUGGAGGAUUAAGAUGGGAGGAAAGACAAGCAUAAAUGGACAUUACUCUGACAUUUAGUGGAUCAGCAGUUCAGUGAUGGAGGAUUAAGAUGGGAGGAAAGACAAGCGUAAAUGGACAUUAGUCUGACAUUUAGUGGAUCAGCAGUUCAGUGAUGGUGGAGCAACAACUGAGGGAGGAUAAACAUUAGUUGACAUUGCCAUGACAUUUAGUGGAUCAGCAGUUCAGUGAUGGUUGAGCAACCACAGAGGAAGGAUAAACUUUACUGGACUUUGCCGAGAUAUUUAGUUGAUCAGCAGUUCAGUGAUGUAGGAGCAAGGUCGGAAGAUGGACAAGCGUUACUGGACCGUGCCCUAAUAUUAAGUGGAUCAGCAGUAGGUUCUGCAUGAAAUUGUUUACAAUGUUCCUGUUGAUGAUUUUAGUCUAUGAUUCAACCUGUUUUCUUUCUGAUCAGGUUGUUCUGUGAUAAGCCUUUGUCGUUUCUUACCUGCCUUGAGUUUAUUUUUAUCAAGUUUUAGGCUUAUGAUUAUUUAUUGCGAAUAGGAUGAUAUUUGAUAUUUAAGUGGAAUUCACUAUUUUCAAAGAGAGUAUUUCUUAAAUUACCUUUUAAAAACACAAAAUAUUAAGCUUUUGCGAAGAUGGUGUUCUUGGAACAUGAUAUACCUCAUGAUAGAAGUCUUGAAUUAUUAAAACAUGACAUGUAUAUGCUUUUUUAAACAUAUAUUCUGUCAGAGCGCUUGCAGUUGAAUAUCAUAGAUUUACAUCAUAACAUGUAUGAUUGUUAUGCUGAAUGCAAUCUAAUUUAAAGGUGAUGUAUUACUCCAAAUAUUAAUCUUCUAUGAUAUUGAUAAAAUUUGAUUGUGUUUUGUAGGUUUAUACUCACAAUUUUUUAUGGUGAGUUAAUGUGAUCAUUUUUUGUCCGUUGAUCCACUUUCAAAUAAAAGGAAUAAUAAAAUAAUGUGAAUUAAAUAUUAAUAUGU